AUGAAGUUCUCACUCAAACUCCAAUCCCUCAUCCUCUCCCUUACAGCCACAUCCAUCACCGCCCUCCCCCAGGUCCAGCCUACCAAUCCUCCAAUCAACCCAUAUGCAGAACACUGUCCCGUCCCCUCUACAUACACCAUCUCUGCGUAUACCUCAACUCUAAACGUCACUAGCAACCCCGAUACCACCACCAACACUGUUAGUCUUCGAAUGUCCUACGGCUCCGCCAACUUGAGCGCUAGUUAUGGGAAUGGCAAUUUCUACUGUCCCAGACAAGGACCACGACCAAUUAAUUAUGGCUGGGGAGUUGGAGAUCAGUGGCGCUUUUCCGUUCUAUGCGAUCCAAAUGGGUUGGUCAUAGUUGGUGGGGAUGGGAAAGGGAUGCUGGAUUUGAGACAAUGGCAUUAUUGUGAUCAGGCGCCGAAGAACGGUAAAUACAGAUACUACACCAUCGAAAGCAACGCCAAAGCCGUCGACAUAUCUUCCGUAUUAAAAUGCACCACAACCAACAACAUGUAUACAUGUACACAACCCCUCACUGGCCCGGACUCCACAGUCGAAAUCCCAGUCCAAGCAUACACUCUUGGUGGGACGAUGGGCUACUUGAAUAUUGAUCAGGACGGGGUGAUGGUGCCUGACUGUCCCCAGGCGGAUAGUAUGCGGAACCCUAUUGUUAUUCAGAAAGAGGGAUGUGUACAUGGUCUUGGUAGCGUUUAG